AUCUUUUUUAGUUGAUCAAGAAGCACUUAGGUUAACUUAAUUGUAAUUAACUCGCAAUUUUAUGUUCAUCAUUCAGAGUAAAUUACAAGUAAACAAUCAAAGGCAACAAUUAACUUUCCUCCCAUUUAAUUACAAGUAAAUUUUGUUUUCUUUUUCUUAAUUUCAACUCAAUUAGUUGAUUGUUGUAAAUUCAUUUUAUUUAAUCAAGUGAUAUUCAAAUAAUAAUGAGUACCAAUGAUGAUCUGGUCACUCAACGACUUGUUAAUCCUCCAAGUGAAUCAGUUAAUUGUGAAGGAAAACUUUCUCGCCCCCUAAUCACAAUCAGAGAGGUUUCUUCUUGCUCAAAUGAUUUAAAUAAUAGUAAAAUUAAUCAACAUCGCAAUUUAAAUGAUCAACAAUCAGUUAAUGGUAAUAAGAAUAAUAAAAAUGCUCCAACAAACAAUUAUCUUUACCGAUCAACUUUACCAAUCUUACCGAUUGAAUCUCCAUGUUAUCGGGGGUCAACUUCAUCUUCAACCGUCAUUGGACCUAAUUAUCAACCUAAUGGUCAUCUAUCAACUGGAUCAACUAAAUAUGAACGAUUUUCACCCGUUGGUCCAGUUAGAGUUUACCCUGAGCGGAUACGUAAACGUAUUGUCCUUAAAAGUGGUGCCAUCAAUUUGUCCCAAGAAAAAGUGACCUCACGUAAUAAGCGUUACCUUCAAGAUACACUGACCACAAUGGUUGACCUCCGAUGGAGAUACAAUUUACUUGUUUUCGUGGGUGGUUACAUGUUCAACUGGUUUACCUUUGCUCUUUGCUGGUAUGGAUUGGCCUUUAUCCACGGGGAUAUUGACCGUCCCUCCGGUGAUGACCAGUGUAUCGUUGGUAUAUCAACUUUCCUUUCAGCAUUUUAUUUCUCAUUUGAAAGUCAGGCCACUUUGGGUUUCGGUAAUCGUUAUCCAAGAGAUGAUUGUCUAGACGGUGUUUUAUUAUUACUUGUCCAGGCCAUGAUCGGGGCGAUGAUUCAGUGUUUCGUGGUGGGUUUUGUUUUCGCUAAACUAUCAAGACCUAAUAAACGAUCAUCUACCCUAAUGUUCAGUCGAGAUGCGGUCAUUUCCCGAAGAGAUGGUAAACUUUGCCUAUUCUUUCGGGUCGGUGAUAUCAGAAAUCGUUCUUAUAUCAUCGAUGCUUCCGUUUCGGCCAUUUAUAUAUCUAAAAAGAUCACCAAAGAGGGUGAAAUUCUGCCCUAUUAUCAUGAAUCGUUAAAGGUACGAUUCGAAAGUUGUGGAGCUAAAAUAUUUCUCAUGUGGCCUGCGACCAUAAUUCACGAUAUCGAUGCAACAAGUCCGUUCUAUUGGAUGACUCCAGACCAAUUGUCCAAGGCUAAAUUUGAAAUCGUCCUCAUGUUGACCGGUGUCAUUGAAUCAACUGGACAAACCAUUGAGACUCGAACCUCCUACUUACCAAGUGAAAUUUUCUGGGGACGAAGAUUUUGUCAAGUUAUUGAUUAUCGGAUGGACAGUGGUCAGUAUCGAGUUGAUUACAGUAAAUUUGAUAGUACCUAUGAGGUUAAUACUCCUAAUUAUUCAGCUUUACAAUUAAGCCGAUUACGAAGCUCAUUAAGCAGCUUCAGCGGUGGUCAGUUGGCUAAUGAUGACCGUCCAAGAAAAAGCAACAACGACGACGAUGAUGAUGAUCAAGUUUUCUUAUAGAUUGUUAAUCCAACAAUUAAAUAUGAAGGAUAAGAAAAAUUCAUCAACAAUUAACCGAAAGUAAUAACAAACAUACUAAAUGGUUUUACUUUUCAUUUGAUUAACAUUUAAUUAUCAAUUUAAAUUGUAACAAUAAAAGUUUUCACUUUGUA